AUGAGCCUUUUAGUGACUGCUUCCCCUCAUCUGGGUACUAGAACUCACAAUGGCUCUUCUAUUCCUACAGUCAUCAAAGGAGAACAGAAGUCCCCCUGGAAUUUAGUCUGUGGCCGACCUCCUCUUUCUCUCCGGGUGAUUGGGGGUGAAAAUGCCAGGGAGGGCAAAUGGCCCUGGCAUGCCAGCCUCAGACGAUUUAAACAGCACAUCUGUGGUGCCACUCUAAUCUCUCAUAGCUGGCUACUCACUGCAGCCCAUUGUAUUCCCAGACGACUGAAUGCCACUCAGUUCUCAGUCCUCCUGGGUUCUUACCACCUGGAUUCCCCAAGCCCCCAUGCCUUGGAGCAAAAAGUAAGGCAGAUCAUCCAGCAUCCUGCAUACACUCACCUGGAUGAGUCUGGUGGUGACAUAGCUCUGAUACAGCUUUCAGAGCCUGUGCCCUUCUCUGAGAACAUAUUGCCUAUCUGUCUCCCUGGAGUCUCUUCCGCACUUCCCUCAGGAACAUCCUGUUGGGUGACAGGCUGGGGAAACAUUGAAGAAGGAGUUCCUCUCCCAGCUCCCCAGAUCCUCCAGCAGGCCCAACUUUCCCUCCUGUCCUGGGAGACCUGUGAGACACUCUACCACCGGGACUCCCAUCGUCCACUUAAGGUCCCAGUCAUUGAGUAUGACAUGAUCUGUGCUGGCAGUGAAGAGGGCACUGCAGACUCCUGCCAAGAUCGAUGGGUGCUAGGAGGUGUGGUGAGCUGGGGGGAGGUCUGUGGAGCCCCCAACCGCCCUGGAGUCUAUGCCAAUGUGUCUGCCUUCAUCCCUUGGAUCAUCACUCAUGCUCCUGAAGUACAGCAGAACCUCGUCCCCUCAUCUGCCUCAUUUUAUGGCUAUCCCGAAUCAUCCAUUCUUUUGGGUCUAUUCUUAAUGAUAGCGGAGUGUCUACUGAUAGGGCUGUAA